GAAGUGAUUAGUGAGAUGAGAACAAAGCACAGAAAUCCAGUUAAGUGCAUUGUUUGUUUCUCCGUCAAUUCCAAACAAAUAUAAAAAUAUUUUCCAUUUUUUCUGAUUAUCCCUCCAAUCCCAUUGAUUGUUCAUAUUUUGAGUUUUGACCAUGGCCAUUUCCAUUUCACCUUCUUCUUCCUUAAUCCUCCCUGCUUCUUGGAACUCUUCCACACGUCUACGAGCUUCAUCUUCUUCUUCUUCUUCUUCCUCUCAGCUUCAGUUUUCUGUUCGAACUCCCCUUCUUCGAAUUGCUACUCCCCGUCUUCCCUCUUCCUCCUCGCGCCCUAGAUUCCUUCCUCCAGUUCAAGCAAAGAAACAAACCUUUUCAUCUUUUGAUGAUUUGCUUGCCAACUCUGACAAGCCUGUAUUUGUUGACUUCUAUGCAACCUGGUGUGGUCCUUGUCAAUUCAUGGUUCCUGUACUUGAAGAAGUGAGCGCUCGGCUUCAAGAUCAGAUACAAAUAGUUAAGAUUGAUACUGAGAAGUAUCCUAGCAUUGCCAACAAAUACAAAAUUGAGGCAUUGCCAACUUUCAUUAUCUUUAAGGAUGGAAAACCCUUCGAUCGUUUUGAGGGAGCAUUAACAGCAGAUAAGCUAAUUGAACGCAUAGAAACCACUCUCAACGUUAAGCAAUAACUCUGUUAAAAAUAAAGACAUGGAAGUAUUGGAAUGUUGGAUCACAUACAUGAUUGGAUAGGAGGAUCAAACAGCUGCUUCAACUUCAUUCAAACAUUUUGCUAUAUUUAUCACAUUGUUUUUGCCAAGAUCCAGGCCUAUAAAACUUUUGAUUGUUUAAUUAGCAGUAGAAAUUUUAAAAAUUCACGAGUUAA